AUGCCAGUCAACAGCAAUGGCCAAGCUCACGAAGAAGCCAAGAGAAGGAUCCAGAGGGGCGCUUUUCACCGGGAGGUGGUGCUGGAAACUGUGCGACAGUAUGGAGAUCUUUUGGGUUGUGCGCAGGCCAAAUUUCACAGGGAUCCCGAAGUGGUCCUUGCUGCCGUGGCCUCGAGCAGCUGGGCCAUGAGAUAUGUGGACCAGAACCUCUUGCAUGACAGCAAUUUCGCGCUUGAGGUCUUGCGAGCUAAUCCGCUGGCGUUGCGAAUGCUUCCGGAGCACUGCCAUUCGGACAGGGACCUUGUGCUGGCCGCCGUGGCGGGUGACGGGCGAAGCCUUGCCUUCGCAGCAGAAGCGCUCCGGAGCAAGGCGUCUUUCGCACUCGAGGCAAUCCAAGCUAAUCCAGAUGCCUUGGAGUUUGCUCCAGAGCCGCUGAAGGCAGACCGAGUCUCCGUGGCAGUCGCGUUGGAAGGCGAUGGCCGUUCGCUUCGCUUUGCCGCCACGGAGCUCAAGGAUGAUCGAGAACUGGUGUUGUCAGCGGUGCAGCAGAAUCCUGCGGCCAUGGCAUUUGCAGGCGAGUCUCUGAAGAACGAUCGGGACUUUGUCUUGGAAGCCGUGCAGCUUGAUGGCAGAGUGCUCGAGCACCUGCCUCGUUUCCAUUCGGAUGAGGAAAUUAUUCUGGAUGCGCUGAAAACAUGCUCUGAAGCCAUCAGUUUUUCAGAUGGAUUUCGGGACAAUCGGGACUUUGCCUUGCAAGCCAUGAACCUCGAAGGCCUAAGUCUUCAGCACGUUUCAGCUGAGCUUCGCAGAGACAAGGAGCUGGUACUGGCCGCAGUCGCCAACUGUGGGCGCGCACUAGAAUUUGCAUCUGAUGAGCUCAAGCAAGAUGAGGAGGUUGUAUGGUGUGCGGUUUGCCAGGAGCCAUCUGCUCUCCAACAUGCGCCCUUCUUCCGAGCCAAUGUGGACUUCCUGCUGCGGUGCAUCUCGCAGUCUUGCAAAGUUCUGGACUUCGCAGAUGCCUGUCUAAAGUCCAACAAGGAGUUUGCCUUCGGUGCUGUGUUUGCAGAUGUGCACUCCCUUGGUUUCCUGGCGCCAGAGCUGCUGAGCUGCUCAGAUUUGAUGCUUCACGCCACAGCAAUCGACGAGGCUGCGUUGAACUAUGCCGGACACAUCGCCGAUGUUGACAGCUUUGUGGCUGAAGCGCUGCGACUGCGAAGUGCUGCUGCCAUGGUCCGGCGUCAUCCCACCAGCAGGAAUAUUGUGCUUCGUGGUGUUGCUUGGCACCCUCUCUCACUGUGGUUUGCUUCGCCCAGCCUGAAGAAUGACGCUGGCUUUCGUGAGCAAGCCGCGUGGCUGACGGAGAGCAUGUCGCAAGAUCACGAUGCAGGUGAAGGGUCCCUCCGUGAUGCAGAGAUGUCCCCAGCGCCCAUCCCAGCUAUGUGA